UCCCCGCACCUUUAAAAGUUCCCCUUCAGUUGCAGUAGAUCAUUGUCAAGUGCGACCACCACUAGGUGAGCGUCCACAACAAUGGCGGCGGACGCUCCAAGACGAUGCACCUCGUGCACUCCUGUAGCGGUUGUCUUGCUCCUCUGCUCCCUCAUCCCAAGUUUCAGCUGUUUUCCGCAGAAGGCUCUUGGUAAAAACCAGCCAUGGAAACUAGCUAGCUUGGAGUUUGCGAUGAGACCGGGUAAGAUACUUUUCAACGGGAAGGUACUGGACCCAAGUCAAGGGUUGUCUUUGCCAGAAUCUGAUGUUUCAGGAGUAUCGGAGCAGGAAUCCCAGUCUGACCUUCUAGAGGCUGAAGCAGCAUGGCAGCGCACAGAUCCCUCACUGCAGUGUGGCCCUCAAAAGAUGAUCUUGCGAGUCACUGGACUUGGGGCUGCAAACUUGGAACUUAACCUUGGCACUGGCCAUACCGUAGCUUUAACCGAGCUGUCGGAUUCUUGUGGCUACAUCAUCUACCAGAAUGCGCUUGGCCUUGUCUUGGUUGUUCCCUACGAUGGCUGUAAUGUGUUAAAAGAGAAUGGCGACUAUGUGCUGCCGAUGAGCUUCCUGGAGAAUUCAGUGACACUCUCCUGCCCCGUGCCUCCCGCUUUGACCUCGCAGCACCCCUUCCUUCAAAUUCCUCUAAACGUAGACCGGUCGAAACGUGGUGCGACUCAAGGCUCCUCUAAGAACGAUCCUUACAGUCAAUACCAGGACUAUCAGAACUAUCUGAACUACCUCUACUACUUGCAUAUCAUAAACAACCCCCACAUGUAUCCUUUUGUACAUCGCACUUACAAUCCACUGCACCAAAGGUCGGAGCCUCUCUCUCACGGGUAUGCGUACCUUCCAAUGCAUUAUCCACUCUAUGCCCAGUACCCGCAGAACCCCGCUGCUCCCUAUUGCCACCCACCUGGAGCGCUUUGCCCUUUGCCGCAUUUUCUGUCCUAUCCGCAUCAUCAACCUCCCCCGAAGCAAGACCGAAGAGUGGAGGCUUCCCCAGAGCCGACUGAAUUUACAACAAGGCCUACUCCUCUAGCCGCCACCCCGAUCCCGACUAGAAAACCCUGUAGAAGGACUACUACUCCUCCUCCUCCUCCUCCUCCUGCUGCUGCUGCUGCUGCUCGUGCUACUCCUGCUCCUGCUACUACCAGUAAACGACGCUGUAGACCCAGAAUUCCACCAGAGGAUAACAUGAAACCUCACUCCAGCAACCCCUUUGCAGAAGAGAUCUUGUAUGGUGAAGACAGGCAAUUGCCGGCUGACCCUUAUGGCGCAGGUUACAAUUCUGGACCACUCAUGAAGUACCAGUACUGGCAACACCAGCCUUGGUUUGCCGACGAGGACGAUGAAGGCAUUCCCUUCGACUGGGACGAGCUCGACUCAUAAUUCCUGGGGUCAUCCUGACUUUGUUGGCAUUCAAUAAAUGUUUUAAGUAAAAA